GAGGUGGAAGGACACUGACGACAUUUCAAAAUCCUCAAAAAGGAAAUGAUGAGAUUAGUGGACAAAUAGGUGUUUUCACUAUAAAAAUUUUGAAAAAUGUGAGUCUUCAAUUCUAUAUUUUGUGUUGGAUUUGAGAAUAGAAACCGGAUUCAGAGCUUUCGCAACAAACCCACAUCAGCUGCAACUUCAAAGAAAAAGGAUUUUUGCUGAAAAUGUGAAGAAGAAGAAGAAGAAGAAGAAGAAACAGAACUGAAGUUUGCUUUUGUCUUAUACCCUUUUCUUAUUUCCACUCUUUUAUUCUGUUCUGAUGAAACUGGAUCAGCUUGACAAUUCUAAAGUACCUAAAGAUGAAAUGCAAGAUGGAGGGCUUUCCCUUGAAGAUCCAGUUAACCUUCAUUCCAAGAAACUUCAAGAUGAUUUGCAAACAAUGGGGAUGAAAAUCCAGCUGCAUGAGGACAACAUAAGAUUUCUAAGGACUUUGAAAGACAAAUUAGUUGAUUCCAUCAUUGAUUUGCAAGUUAUCCUAGGAAAGUACCAUGCUUCCAAUACACCUAAGAUUGAGAAUAAGGAUGUUUCUGAUACUCAAAGUGAAGAUGAGCCAUCAGAUCAGGAACAGAUAUUACAACAGGAAAACACUGCUGCUAGCAUCUUGUGCCAACUGAAAACUAAUCCAAAGAUGCUGGCCUCUGAUCCUACACUGAGUGAUGAUGUGCUAGGUGUUGUUGCUGAACUAGGAAAUGUAGAUGACAAUACCCUUAGCAGUCUUUUAUCGGAGUACCUAGGAACAGAGACCAUGUUGGCUAUUGUCUGCAAGACGUACAAUGGAGUCAAAUCUCUUGAAAAGUAUGACACGGAAGGAUGCAUAAAUAAAACAUCUGGCCUUCACGGAUUUGGCACUUCACUUGGGAAGACUUUAGAGGGACGAUUCAAUGUCAUCUCUCUCGAAACAUUAAGACCAUAUCCGGGUGAAUUUGUGGCCGAUGAUCCGCAAAAAAGGCUUGAUAUUCCAAAGCCAAAAUUGCCUAAUGGGGACUGUCCGGCUGGUUUUCUUGGUUAUGCUGUUAAUAUGAUAAACAUAAACAGAGCAUACUUGUUUUUUCUCACAGCAAGUGGAUAUGGUCUUAGAGAGACUCUAUUUUAUUCUCUUUUUUCUUGCUUGCAAAUCUAUAAAACUAGGGCAGAAAUGUUACAAGCUGUUCCUUGCAUAACCGAUGGAGCACUUUCUUUGGAUGGUGGGAUUAUCAAGAGAAGUGGACUGUUCUGUCUUGGCAAUAGGGACGACGCGAAGGUGAGCUUUUCCAAGACCUCAACAAAUUCAAGCCUACCUGACCGUUACACAGAAUCUGAAAGACAGAUGAAAGAAAUGAAAUGGAAAAAGGAAAAAAUACUUGAAGAUAUGAGGAGAGAACAAGCGUUGCUAGAUAGCUUGAAGCUCAACUUCGAAAAGAAGAAGGCGGAGUUUGUGCAGUUCCUAGCUGAAGCUGCUGCUCGUCAACAAACUCCAGUUGCAAUGGGGAGAUCAACCGGUAAGUGAUGCUAGACGGAGGAGGAUCGGCCAACCAUCGAAGGGACAAUGCUCGUUGUUGUCGUUCACAUUCUGCUUGAUGCAUUGGUUUAUAGUAUGAUAUGCAUCAGUAUUGGAAGGUGAUAGCUUUUUCAGGGAAGGAAGGAAAUGGGAAUAUUUUGCAAUACCAAUUUUGUGUUGUGUAUCAAGCUUCCUUUGACAGCUCUAUGAUGGUUGCCAUUUCUUUCACCUCUUGCUAUGCUCUAUUCUUCUGUUUUAUGGGCUAUGUAUGUACAUUAAACCAAAAUUAAUUUUGUUGGAGAUAGAAAUGGAGGAUGCAUUUUGUAUGUCCGACUUUGACCCUCGCUUCAAAGUUCGAAUCUCGACCAAGGUCGAGAGUAUAUGCCUGUUGUUUUCAGUUUCAACUUGA